AUGUCAUAUGAUUUUGGUAUUGAACAUGUAAAAACUGAACAUUUCGGAAAUGUCGACAUGCUAUCUAGACUGAUACCACCUAAGCACGUUGAUGAUGAAGAUUUUGUAAUCGCAUGUGCUACACUAGAAUACAACAUCAGAUCAGUAGUACAUGACAGCAUCAAUACACUACCAAUUACUCAUCACAUGAUUGAAGAAUCUACACGAAAAUGCACACUACUUCAACAAGUUAUGCUUCACGUUCAGACAGCAUGGCCCAAAGAUGCAAAAUCAUUGCAUAACAACGACUUGAUCCCAUAUUUUAAUCGCAGGGAAUCACUUUCAGUUGUUGAUAACAUAUUGUUAGAUGGGGAACGCAUUGUUAUUCCAUUAACAUACCGAAAUCGAAUCCUUAAGACGUUACAUAAAGGUCAUCAAGGACAACAACGAAUGAAAGCUAUUGCACGCAGUCAUGUGUAUUGGCCAAGCAUAGAUAAAAACAUAGAAGAUUAUGUGCGCGCAUGUGGAAAAUGUCAGCUCAAUGCUAAGACACCCGUGAAAACAAAAUUAAGUUCAGGGCCUAUUGCAGAAAGAGCAAUGCAACGCAUUCACAUAGAUUUUGCAGGUCCUGUUCGUUCAAAGUACUAUCUCAUUAUAGUCGACUCAUAUUCAAAGUGGCCUGAGGCAUAUCAGUCCACAACCAUUUCAACAGCCAAGGUCAUAGAUAUUUUGUCAGACUUUUUCAACCGUUUCGGUUAUCCUGAAUCCAUCGUUUCGGAUAAUGGUACACAGUUUGUCAGUGCAGAAUUUCAGCAAUUUUGUAAGGCACGAAACAUCCGACAUUUUAAAACAGCUCCGUACCAUCCACAAAGCAAUGGACAAGCAGAAAGGUACUCGGAUAUAGUAAAACGAGCUUUAGAAAAAUCUUUCACAGAAGAGACGAAAGACAACUAA